AUGCAGGCGACAGGCCCCGUGACAGGCCGGCCUACGAACACCCCAGUCACAUCAAAAAUGUUAAUGUCACUUAAAGAAUUCCGAUGUAAUGCUACGGCGUCCGCGGGAGCCGACGCGCACUCGCAAGGCCCGGUGAGUGUGAAAAGUAUGCGAGGGUCUCCGGUGCAAGGACGGCAUCGGGGGGCAACUAAGCUAGUCCGAAAGCCACGCAACGUAUGGAAGACCCGCGUUGCGACGUUAAAUGUCGGCACAUUAACGGGACGCUCNGCAACGCUAUCAGAUAGCGAAGAAAGAGGCGAGGAAGGCUGUUGCUUCUGAAAAGGCAGCUCAUUAUGCCGAUCUUAAUAAGAAACUCGAGUCUCGGGAUGGUGAGCGGCAAGUACUGAAACGAUGGCGAGAGUACUUCGCAAACAUCUCAACAGUCGGAUUCGCUCAUCCCGCCAUCCCCUGCGCUCCGCCAGUACACGGUCCCGUUCAGAAGAUAACCGUGAAUGA